AUGGAAGUUAUCGAACAAUUGGCUAUUGCAGAACAAACCGAGGCUCAGAUUGAUACAGCACGCGAGGGAUACAGGCCUUGUUCUCAACGAGCCGCCAUCCUCUUCUUCGUCCUCAAUGACCUAGGCUUAAUAGAUCCGAUGUACCAGUUUGCACUUGAUGCUUACAUCGAUCUAUUCAACUUGAGCAUCGAGAAGAGCCCUCGCUCCCCCAAGUUAGAGGAGCGCAUCCUGCAUCUGAAUGAUUAUCAUACAUACUGUGUCUACCGGUACACUUGCCGAGGGCUUUUUGAGCGACAUAAGCUCCUCUUUUCUUUUCACAUAUGCCUUAAGAUACUUGAGGCUGCCGGGAAGCUUAAUCAAGAGGAGUACAACUUCUUUCUUCGUGGCGGAGUGGUGCUUGAUCAGGAAAAUCAAAUGGACAACCCUUGUUCGACUUGGCUGUCUGACCAGUCCUGGGACCAUAUCUCGGAGUUAGACAAACUCGCCAACUUUCACGGCCUUGUCACCUCUUUUGAGCAGUACGCACGAGACUGGAACCUUUGGUACACUUCAGCAGAACCCGAAACAAGUCAACUGCCUGGUGAAUGGGACAAUACGACUAAUGAGUUCCAGCGCAUGCUGAUUGUUCGAUCACUGAGACCCGAUCGCGUGUCAUUCUGCGCCACGGGCUUCAUCGUCAAUAAUCUGGGAAGCCGGUUCGUAGAGCCUCCAGUUCUUGAGAUGAAACAGGUUCUAGAGGACAGCACCACUCGCACACCACUUAUCUUCGUCCUUUCGCCUGGAGUUGAUCCUACUUCUAGUCUGCUUGUGCUAGCAGAGAACUGUGGGAUGGCAAAGAAAUUUAACUGUCUAUCGCUGGGCCAAGGUCAAGCUCCCAUCGCAACCCGUUUGAUCCGCGAGGGCGUUCGAGAAGGAAAUUGGGUCUUCCUAGCAAAUUGUCAUUUGGCCCUCUCUUGGAUGCCGAUGUUAGAAAAGCUGGUGGAAAAUCUGGCGACCGACGAGCCUCACGCAGAGUUCCGUCUGUGGCUAUCCUCUAGCCCGAACGCUGCGUUUCCCAUUUCUAUUUUGCAAGCCGGAAUAAAAAUCACUACAGAACCGCCCAAAGGAAUAAGAGCAAAUAUGAAGAGGCUCUAUCAUCUGAUUAAGGUAAGCCCUGACUAG